CUAUUAGCCUACGCACACUCUCCAUGGGAAGAACUGGAUGUCGGUCGAUACGAGCUCCCUUUUGUCCUGAAGUUUCCCAACGUCAAUUAUCCUCCGUCCAUUGAGGACCCGCCUGGUUUUGGCAUACGGUAUGUCUGGACUGCACAUAUUGAAGGCCCGGGAGGACAUCCAGGAAUCACCAGCAAGAAAAUUAACACGCCAUAUCGUCCUAUCAUUGCAUCCCCACCUGAUAAGGAAUGGGUGUAUCGAACCAAUCUCUCACGCGAUGUUUCUAGUAUUGGUAAAAAGCAGCAUUCGGUUGCCCAUGUUUUAGCAAAAUUGAACAAACAAUGCUAUUGCCCAGAUGAACCAUUUAUCAUGCAACUGACAAUGACCACGCUCCAAUCAGACCUGAAGAUCGUCCAAGCAGCAUUUAAAUUCCGCAAACAUCAUCAAGGUCGACUGAUGGUUUCCGGAGGAACUGCGCAGCGCUAUGUGGUCCGCGAUUUGUUACAUGGCACUCUUUCCAAUAAUCAACAGCCUCUGGAUGCUCCCAACCAAACUGUUUCUUUUAAUAUACCCACACGCAAUGUAUCCCCGACCUUUACCUCUCAGCAUAUCCGAGUCUACUAUGACCUACACUUUACAAUCACAUUUGAAGAGUCGCAUUUUCUGAAACGUUGCACCGUCCAGUGCGAGUUUGCUAUUCCUUUGAACAUCGCCAACCUGCCAAACGACGAACUGAUGCGUGUGCCGGAUCUCAUCACCGUACAAAACUAUACCCAGCCAGGCAUCAAAUGCCCUGAAUUUUUCGAUCCAGCACAACCAGACGACAGUGAUCCACCUAGUUAUGCCUCCUCUUUACAUAAUAGCGGGCAGCAUCACCAGCAACGAUCCGUAUAUUUGACAGGUCCAGCAUUGGCACCUUACUACCCUGCUACCACCACCACGACUACUCCUACUACCGCCACUCAUAAUGGCAGCGGUAACAACAACACCAAUAACAACAAUAACAAUGUACCUGGUGGUGGAAAUGGUAAUAUGAAUGGUAUCAGUGGCAUCACAACAGUAGCAGGGUGCAGCUCAGCUAUUAGUCAUCAACGCCGUAGCAGCUUCCCGGAAGUCGGGGAAGCAACAUUAAUGCAUGGUGUGUACAGUGAAUAUUGGUAA